AUGGAGCUUGAUGAGGCACUGGAAUCACUUCCGGCAACUCUGGAAGAGACCUACGAGCGGUCUCUACUGGCUAUCGAGGAAAAGAGAAGAGAAGGAUUCCGCCACAUCCUGCGAUGGCCUUCUUUCUCUGCCCGGCCAAUGCAUCUCGAUGAGAUCACGGAAGUGCUAGCCAUUGACUUCUCAACGAAGCCCCGGCCCCAAUACGACCCUCGAAAGCGACUCGUCAACUCAGCAAAAUUCUUUCACAAGCAUAGCAACUUGGUUUCGGUAUCGACCGUCAAGGACAGAACCGGGCAACAUCAGGAGCUGCGCCUCGCCCAUCUAUCCGUGCGGGAUUAUCUUCUGUCAAACAAGAUUGUGGGAUCGCCAGCUUCCUACUUCACCAUCAACAGUCUAUCCGCACACCGCAGCAUUGCCGAGGCGUGCAUAGUAUACCUCCAGCAGUUCACUUCAUCUGACGGAGAGCUUGAGAAGGCACCCAAGACCCACUCCCUGGCUCCCUAUGCCGCCCCCUUCUGGUCCUAUCAUGUACAAGCAGCGACCGUUGCGGCCGGUAAGGAACACUCUUCAUCAUCCAGGGCACUUCUUGAGACUUCCAAUCCAGAGGCCGUGCCAUUGAUCAUCUUGAUAAUCGAGUUUCUUGCCCAGCUACUCAGGGUAUUUGGAUUACCCGUUCCGACUACUGAGAGGAAGCUACAAACAGAUUUGAAUAGUCUCUGUGUAGAACUUCUUAGCGCUCAACUCGAGGGCCAGAUCAGGUUCUUCGACCCGGACACGCCGUGGAUUGACAAGCCCGACCAAAGGGAAUGGAUGUCAAACGCUAUCGGUGGUCGACAUGGCACGGCUCUGCAGGCUGCGUCCUGCAAGGGAUACAAGGACAUAGUGCAACUGCUUCUUGAAAGUGGGGCAGAAGUCAAUCAGCUUGCAGGAGAUUAUGGCUAUGCCUUGCAAGGUGCUGCCUGCUAUGGUCAUGAGGAGUGUGUGAAGCUGCUUCUCGACUGGAAAGCGGAUGUCAACGCAAAAGGCGGAGAACAUCACACAGCCUUGCACACCGCAGCGUUCAACGGUCAUGAAAAGGUCGUCAAGAUCCUGGCUGAGCAAGGUGCAGCUAUCAAUGACACAGGGUCAGAAGACCGAGGCCAGAACCCUCUGAUAGAGGCGGCCGCUGACGGACACACGGCUACAGUGAUACUUCUCCUCAAGCUUGGUGCAAAUAGCUUGCUGAGAGACCAAGGAGGGUGGGCCGCCCUGGACGAGUCUGCUCCGCCUGGAUAUGGCACCGUGGUCCGUAUUCUUAUUGACCAUGAUCCUGCCAUUCUCCAGUCCAGGGACAAGCGUGGCAAGUCGGCGCUGCACCACACAGUAGGACAGGGACACGUUUCAACCGUCUCCUUGCUUUUAGAGCGAGGCGCGGAUGUGAACGCGACAGAUAUCGACGGACGCAGCGCCCUAUUCGGGGCCGCGAGGUCAGGGAACAAGGCCAUCAUCGAGAUUCUACUCAAACACAAGGCAGACGUAUCGAUUGAAGACGAGGAAGGCUGCGAAGGCCCGGAAGGGAUAUUGCCGCUUCACAUCGCCGCAUUGAGGAGGCACAUCCGUUUCGUUGAAUUACUUCUUGACCAUGGGGCCAAUGCCCUUGCCGAGACCGAGUCUGGUGCAAAUGCCUUGCACUUUCUGGAACUCAAUGAGACAUACCAAGCUGAGGCAGUUGCUCACAGACUCAACAUUGAUACACAUAAUCUCUUGGAGCGUGGCGCCAAUAUCAAUGCGAGAGACGAGGGUGGUCAUACAGCUCUUAUGUGGGCAGCUAUGAAGGGCCAUACAUCGACCAUGCGGUUGUUGAUCGAAAAUGGGGCCGAUGUGAACUCUUGCACCGAUGAUGGUUGGACAGUGAUGGAUUGCUUCAACGGAAUGGAUGAGGAUGUUCUCAAUUUGCUGUGGGAACAUGGGUAUAAGGACGAGAAGCAAUCUCUUGAUCUUGAUGGAGGAGCGCCCCUGGACAUUGCGGAACGAGACGUUUUGAACGAUAUCAGACAGCUUUUGUCACGCUAG